AUGUCUGAAACAUAUAUAAAUGAACCUAUAACAAGUGGGAAGGUACUCUUUGAAACUACUUUAGGGGAAAUUGACAUUGAACUUUGGUGUAAAGAGUGUCCAGUUACAUGUAGAAAUUUUAUACAAUUGUGUAUGGAAGGUUAUUAUGAAGGAACUAUAUUUCAUAGAGUAAUUAGGGACUUUAUUAUUCAAGGAGGUGAUCCAACAGGUACUGGGAGUGGUGGUGAGAGUAUAUAUGGUAAAUCUUUUGAUAAUGAGAUACAUCCAAGACUUAAAUUUCGUUAUAGAGGUUUAGUUGGCAUGGCAAAUCAAGAUACUGGAUCAAAACCUGUAAAUAACAGUCAAUUCUUCAUAACUUUAUCGAAAUUACACCAAUUAGAUAAUAAAUAUACUUUAUUUGGAAAAGUAGUUGGGAAAACAAUUUACAAUGUAAUUGAAAUGGGUGGAGUUGAUGUUGAUAGUUCAGACUGCCCAAUUUUACCAAUAAAAAUUAUUAAAUCUUAUGUCUUAAUUAAUCCUUUUGAUAAUAUAAUCCCUAGAAAUUUGCAAAAUAAAAAAAAAGAUGAAAAUGGGAAGGAUGGCAUAAAAGUAUCUAAAAACCAGAAUAGUAAAAAUUCUAAUAUUAUUGUUGAAAAUCUCCAAUUACUAUCAUUUGGUGAUGAUAAAUUUGAUGAUAACAGUGAAGAGAAUUUAUUUCAUUUUAAAAAGGCAACAAGUGAUGAUUCAGGACAACUAAAUAUAAGUAAUACUGAAGGUUCUUUAUAUGAUACCAACAAUAGUAAUAAUUCCAGUACUUUUCAAAAUGACAACUCUCUAAAUGAAUUACAUUCGGUGCAAGAUCAAGGAAUUAAGUUGAAAGAGCGAAUCAGAUUAUUCAAGAGAAAUAGAAAUUUAUCUGAGGCUCACGAGGACAUAUAUGAUGGAGUGAUAAGAAAAAAACGAUCAUCUUCAUUAGUUCACCGUGAAAUUGAUGUCCUAAAAAAAUUAGAGAAAUUUAGAAGUAGGCUUUCCAAUUUAUCAAUAGAUAAUUCUUGGUUUAACAAGGAUGGAUUAAAUUUUGGUAUUGACUCGAACAGAGCUUAUGAUAUUUAUGAAUGGACUAACGAAACAAUAAAAGUUGUCGAUCCAUUGAAGAAAAAAAUAGAUCCAAAUGUCAAAAGAGCUAAAUUUGACUGA